AUGACUUCCAGACCAAUUUUUUCUUCUAUUUCCCUCGCUUCGCUGUUGAUUGCUGCCCAUGCCCUUCCUUUGUACCCAAACGCGAUCGAGCGAAGAGAUCCAGCCUCAUAUUCAGUUGUUGCAGUUGACGGUGGUAGCACAGGAGGAGACGCCGCAACAGCGACGACAGUCACUGACGCUGUCACGCACACACAGACUGUGAUGGCGACACAACUGUCGACCAUUGUGGUCACCGAAUCCGAAACACCAUCCACCAUCAUAUUGACCGUCACCGCCCCUUCUCCAACCACAAUUACCGAAUACCCUCCACCAUCAACCGAAAUAGUAUCUGUGACAGCCACACUUACCGAAGAAGCGCCAGUGCCCGUCGUGCCUAUCUCUACCGCCUCAAGUACGUCAAGUACGUCGAGUUUACCAAGCUCGUCGACUACCCCGAGGACGUGGGCCACUACGACGGAAACUUCAUCACAAGCCACCGUCACUGUGACACAGUCGACUUCAAAGGCUUCGGUAAAAACAUAUGAUGAUGGAAUGUGGCAUACUUGGUACUUUUACACGGAGACAUCAGCUAGCUCUCAACCUAGCUCAACUGCUUCUUCGACUUCCGAAUGGAUGCCACAGUGGACUCCAGCUAGCAGUUGGACCACGUCUACAACAACGCAGACCACGUGGGGACCGUGGACAACUUCUCAGAACGGCUUUUGGACUCCUUCACCUAGCGUCGAAGCCACUUGGACUUCUUCUGCCGCGGAGGACAGCUGGACUCCUUUACCAACAUCUGAGACGAUGUCGAUCAGCUACCCUAGUUCGGGAAUGGCACCGACUCCUUCCCCGACGACUACAGAGUGGACUUGGACUCCUCCCUCAACCACCACCACUACCGAAAGCGUGCUUUAUACCUCCUCGACGACCGAGAGCAGCUCCGCGGUUGCAACGCAGGGAUCUAGUACUACUGUGGCUCCUCUACCUACCAUUUCGUCCAAUUCCGAGCCUACUCCCGCUUCCUCAACCCACGAUUCUCUAUCAGCGGCUCUUUCGUCAUUCAGCUCGCUGACACCAACGGGGACGAUGGGGUUCUUUGGAACUCCAACCGGUGUUUGA